AAUGUGGAAAUAAAUUUUAACCGAGAAAUUAAAGAAUUUUUCCUUGUUUUUUUCCAAUACUAUUGUUUAAUUCGCGAUUGCGGAGUAAUUUUCUGGUGAAUAGCGUAAUGUGAAAUGUAAAUCGUAGUUUGUUAGCCACUUUCAUUGGUCAGUGCAAAGGUUGGAGAAACUACAAAUCAUUGAAAAUGCGUUGUUGUGUGCCAUUCUGCACAAAUACUCCCACCAAUGUGUCCACAUCUGAGGCGAAGGGGAUCAGUUUUCACGCUCUCCCCAGUGAUGUGUGUCUGCGCGCUGCUUGGCUCAGAGCCCUCGGCAAACAAGACAGUCAGCUACCAGACUCUGCUGUGGUCUGCUCCCAGCAUUUUCUUGAUGAUGAAAUUUAUGAAACAGAAAGUGGCUUAAGGCAGAUUGCUACUGGUGCUGUUCCUUCAACAGUGCAGGUUUGCGUGAUAUGCCUAGACACUGACAGCAAGCUGUAUCCAAUGAGUAAACACAAAUUGGAAGAAGCAUAUGAGCGGUUAACCGGAUAUCCAUUGUAUGAUCAAGGAAACCUGAAACGAACACUUUGCGUACAAUGUGCUCAGAGACUAAUAAACUUUAGUAGAUUCAGAGACAAGAGCUUGAGAGCCCGUGCACUGAUGAUGGACUUAGUUGAAAAACAUGAAUUAAUAACACGGCGACAUAUCAAAGGGAUAAACCGCACAAAGAACCAACUAAUGAGUAAUUUUGUGAUGAAAACUCUAGGACCUGACCACUGUGACUUAUACAUACUGGACUCCUCAGACAAACAGACAGAAUCAGAGCCAAUCAAAAGAGAGAAUGAAGAAAGUUAUGACUCGCCGGUUGAUGAAGACAUGGAAGUGGCAGAGGAAGAUGACAAUACUGCAGACAGUGUCAAUGAUGAGUUGGAUGCAUGUAACGAGGAGUGCUUCUCUGACAAUAGCAUAAUGUUGGAAACAAAGCUGCUGGAUGAUGUUAUUUGCAAAGCUCUGGAGAACCCAGUAUUUGCAGAACAAGUGUCUGAAAUACCGGAUCUGUUAAAGUGCGAAAGUGCUGCCUUCCAAUGUGCUUUAUGUUCUGAGGAGUUUGUUAGUGAACAUGCGUACAUGCAACAUAUGCACAUGCAUGACCAGCAGAACAGUGACGGUUAUGCUGACUGUAGCACGUCUCAAGUAUGCAAGCCUCAUACAGCCGUGAGCUCCUCACACUCUCCACACUUCACUGAGAACAAGCAGGCCAUUCCUCUGAGCCAGGCCUCGAGCUCGUCUGCACACAGCCCGUCUGCACACUCACCUCAAACUGCAGUCGCUCCUCUGUCCGCGAGACUUGCGACGAGUAACGGAAACAAAGUGCAAGCUGAAGACGCCGAUACAGUCCAGAAGAGUGAACCACUAUUUAAAAUUAACAAUGUCGGAUUAAACAACCAACUAUUCAAUACCAACAAUAUAACUGACAUUAAUAGAUUGACUGAUUGUGUGGUCAUAUUAUAUGAUAUUUUCAGAAAGCCCGAAGUAGGUGUACCAAUACAAGGUGAAUCACUGGCGACAAUGCGACCAAGUAUUAGUUCUUGGGACAGUCAGCGUCAUAUUGAAAAAGCCUCUAAAGAUUUUAACUGUCAGGCAGUUACUUGGAAUGAAGCCACUAGACAUACGAUAGGAGACAUUCAACCAGUUACUAACAAACUGAAAGUUACUGAGCUUAAUGCUACGAAAACUUCACAAAGUAAAACUUAUUGUUCAAAUAAUUACAACAGUGAAGAUAGUUUGCUUACUGAAAAGAAUGGGUAUAUUUGUGAUGUAUGUAGACAUAAGUUUAAACGGAAAAGUCUCUUAGUUAAACACAUAAAGACUCACAGUGAAGUGAAACCGUUCACUUGCGAGUUUUGCCAAUUCAAAGCCAUACAUAAAUUUAGUUUAAAGAAACAUAUGCAAACUCACACGGGCGACAAACUAUUUACUUGCGCGUUAUGCGACUACAAAUGUACACACAGUAGUAAACUAGUGCAACACAUGAGAACUCACACGGGUGAAAAACCUUACAUUUGUAAGUUUUGUGAUUAUAAAUUUGUACGACCUAGUCAGUUAGUGAGCCACAUGAGAACUCACACGGGUGAAAAACCUUUUACUUGCGAGUUUUGCGAUUACAAAUGUGCACUUAAGUAUAAUCUGGUGAGGCACAAAAUAACUCACACGGGUGAAAAACCUUUUACUUGCGAGUUAUGCGACUACAAAUGUGCACAAAAUAGUAAUUUAGUGCAACACAUGAGAACUCACACGGGUGAAAAACCUUACGUUUGUAAGUUAUGUGAUUAUAAAUUUGCACGAACUAGUCAUUUAGUGAGACACAUGAGAACUCACAAUCGUGAAAAACCUUACAUUUGUAAGUUUUGUGAUUAUAAAUGUGCACUUAAGUAUAAUCUGGCGAGGCACAAAUUAACUCACACGGGUGAAAAACCUUUUACUUGCGAGUUAUGCGACUACAAAUGUGCACAAAAUAGUAAUUUAGUGAGCCACAUGAGAACUCACACGGGUGAAAAACCUUACGUUUGUAAGUUAUGUGAUUAUAAAUUUGCACGAACUAGUCAUUUAGUGAGACACAUGAGAACUCACACUGGUGAAAAACCUUACAUUUGUAAGUUUUGUGAUUAUAAAUUUGCACGAACUAGUCAGUUAGUGAGCCACAUGAGAACUCACACGGGUGAAAAACCUUACGUUUGUAAGUUAUGUGAUUAUGCACAAUCAAGUCAUUUAGUGAGACACAUGAGUACUCACACGGGUGAAAAACCUUUUACUUGCGAGUUAUGCGACUACAAAUGUGCACAAAAUAGUAGUUUAGUGCAACACAUGAGAACUCACACGGGUGAAAAACCUUUUACUUGCGAGUUAUGCCAUUACAAAUGUGCACGUAAGUCUAAUCUGGCGAGGCACAUGAGAACUCACACGGGUGAAAAACCUUACAUUUGUAAGUUAUGUGAUUAUAAAUUUGCACGAACUAGUCAGUUAGUGAGACACAUGAGAACUCACACUGGUGACAAACCUUUUACUUGCGAGCUAUGUGAUUACAAAUGCUCACAUAAUAAUAGAUUAGUGCAACACAUGACAACUCACACGGGUGAAAAACCUUUUACUUGCGAGUUAUGCGACUACAAAUCUACACAAAGUAGUCAUCUAGUGCGACACAUGAGAACUCACACGGGUGAAAAACCUUACAUUUGUAAGUUAUGUGAAUAUAAAUGUGCAGAGAAAAGUCAUUUAGUGCGCCACGUGAGAACUCACACGUGUGAAAAACCUUUUAAUUGUACAUUAUGCAAAUAUAAAUGUGCGGAUUCUACAAAUCUAGUGGAACACAUGAGAAUACACACGGGUGAAAAACCGUACAUUUGUAAGUUAUGUGAUCAUAAAUUUGCACGAAGUAGUCAGUUAGUGAGCCACAUGAGAACUCACACUGGUGACAAACCUUUUACUUGCGAGCUAUGCGAUUACAAAUUUACACACUGUAGUAAUCUAGUACGACACAUGAGAAUUCACACGGGUGAAAAACCUUACAUUUGUAGGUUAUGUGAUUAUAAAUUUGCACGAACUAGUCAGUUAGUGAGCCACAUGAGAACUCACACUGGUGACAAACCUUUUACUUGCGAGCUAUGCGAUUACAAAUGUUCACAUAAUAUUAGCUUAGUGCAACACAUGAGAACUCACAAGGUUGAAAAACCUUACAUUUGUAGGUUAUGUGAUUAUAAAUUUGCACGACCUAGUCAGUUAGUGAGCCACAUGAGAACUCACACGGGUGAAAAACCUUUUGCUUGCGAGCUAUGCGAUUACAAAUGUGCACGUAAGUCUAGUCUGGAUAGGCACAGGAGAAUUCACACUGAUACAAAUCCUCCGUCAUGUUCGUGAGCUGCACGCGGCACUCCGCCGCCGGCGCAUGCUCAGGAGAUACACUCUUGUUGAACUGUUUGCUGAAGCAUUGUCAUGUUGUAUUAUUAUCUAUACAUAUAAUAAAAUUGUAGAAAAGUGGUGUCUGUACAAUGGAAAUAUAUAAAAAAAAGUAGCAGGGUUUGUUAUUAUA